AUAGCAUCGAGGUAUAUAAACUAUAUAGUAUAGUUUAUUAGUUUAUACACCUCGAUGCAUAUAAAUGAUACACAGCGUCCCCGUUACAUCUUAUCAAUUUCAAUCGCCAAUUACGUUAAUUAGUUUUCUUUUAGUUCAAAUCACGGACUAAGAUAUACUUAGUAUAUCUAAGUCCGUGGUUCAAAUGCGUCAAACGUUAUCUCAGAGAACAGUGAUUACUAAAUUUACUUAUAAAGUUCAUAAUAUGCCCACGUUUUACGAACAAUAAGCUACUUCGAUAAUAUAUUUUAUGGCUACAGCGUAUAGCGUAUUCUAAAUAAAUCUGAUAAAUCCGCUACUUAAAAUUGUUAUAGCCCAAUAAUGAAAAACGAUUAGCAAAUAUAAAUUUAAUUUUUUUAUAAUAAUUGCAUUGCACUAUCCGGAUUUAAUAAAAUUAAAUUAAAAAAAGUAUGGUAAACAGACUUAAAACUGAUUAAAUAACUAUUGUUUCAUAAUUAAUUUCAUUGUUUUCAAAUUGAUUAAUUUAAUACUAAAAUGACAUUUAAUUUCUUUAAUGUUCGCAAGUUUUAUACUAAGGCUGCAUUGUAUAAAAAUGUUCAGUUAACUAAAGAUAGAUUUCCUAAUUUAAAAAGAGGAUCAUAUGGUACGGUAGACUUUACAGAUAUUGAAUAUUUCAAAAACCUUUUAGGUGUUAACAAUUUUAUUACUGGUGAAGAAGUAAAAUCUUACAAUGAAGAUUGGUUAAAAUCUGUUUCUGGUUUCAGUAAGUAUGUGCUUAAACCGAAAACAACUGAACAAGUAUCCUCAAUUCUCAAAUAUUGUUAUAAGCGCAAUAUAGCAGUCUGUGUUCAAGGUGGCAAUACCGGUCUUGUUGGAGGUAGUGUUCCAGUUUUUGAUGAAGUAAUUUUAUCCACUUCUGCAAUGAAUUCAAUUAUUAGCUUUAAUAAAUUAUCAGGUGUUUUGGUAUGCCAGGCUGGAUGUGUAUUAGAAAAUUUGAUGAACUAUGUUCAAAGCGAAGGGUUUAUAAUGCCAUUUGAUUUGGGUGCUAAAGGCACUUGUCAGAUUGGAGGUAAUUUAGCAACUAAUGCUGGAGGUUUAAGAUUAAUUAAAUAUGGAAGUCUACACGGAAGCGUAUUGGGAUUACAAGCGGUUUUGGCUGAUGGACAAAUAUUAGAUUGUCUUAAUACAUUGAAAAAAGACAAUACAGGAUAUCAUUUGAAACAUUUGUUUAUUGGUUCUGAAGGAACAUUGGGAGUUAUCACAAAAAUUGCUAUUCAAUGUCCAAACACCCCAAAAUUUGUUAAUGUAUCAUUUAUUGGCUUAGAAUCAUUUGGUAAAGUAUUAAGUUUCUUCUCGUUAGUACGAAAAGAAUUUUCUGCCAGUCUUUCAUCAUUUGAACUAAUGGACGCUGUAGCAAUAAAAAGUGUGCAAAAAAAUAUUGGCAUUAAGUGUCCAAUAAAUGACAAUCUGAAAUUUUACGUUCUUGUAGAAUUAUCAGGUGAUAAUAUUUAUAUCAGUCAUUCCAUUCAAGAAUUUUUAGAAAAAGCUCUGGAUGAAGACUUAAUUUUAGAUGCUACUGUAGCAGACCAACCAUCACUAAUUCAAAAUUUAUGGAAAAUAAGAGAAAAUAUUCCUGAAAGUUUAUUAAGAUAUGGAUAUGUCUAUAAAUAUGAUAUAACUUUACCUCAUGAGUUAUUUUAUGAGAUUGUGCCUGAAAUAAGGAAACGUUUAGAAAAUUUAGAUGUUAAAGCUGUUUGUGGCUAUGGACAUUUAGGUGAUGGAAAUUUACAUUUAAAUGUGGCUACAAUUGAACAUAAUGUUGAAAUAGCUUCGGCCAUUGAACCUUAUGUGUAUGAAUGGACUAGUAAAUACAAAGGAAGUAUAAGUGCUGAACAUGGAAUUGGAUUUUUUAAAAGUAAAUAUUUAAAAUAUUCAAAAUCCAAUUUGGAAAUAGAUCUAAUGAAAAAAUUAAAAAAUACUAUUGAUCCAAAGAAAAUAUUAAAUCCAUACAAAAUUUUUCUGCAAGAUGAGAAUAAUUGAGUUUCAAACUUAUAUUUAAACAAAUAUUUAUAGGUAUUAGUGUAGAUAAUUUUAUUAGUUUUUAGGUGAUUUAUAUUGUCAACCUUUUAAUUUAUCAAGAUAUUAAAUAUAUAUAUUUUUAAAACUGA